GCCCGCAGCGGCACCGCCCCCCGCGCCUGCGCACGGCCCGGAUCUGGGUUUAGGGCCGGGGAAACUGCGUCGCGCUCGGAGCCUCUGGCCCUGCUGUUUCUGUGUGCCUGGCGGAGCCCGGCCCGGCCUGCCGAGCAGAAAUGGGGAAAUCUCUUUCUCAUCUACCGAUACAUACGUGUAAGGAAGAUGGCUAUGAUGGAGGUACGGUGUCGGAUAAUAUGAGGAAUGGGUUAGUUCACUCAGAAUCACACAAUGAAGAUGGCAGAUGUGGGGAUGUGUCACAGUUUCCAUACGUGGAAUUCACAGGAAGGGACAGUGUCACUUGUCCUACCUGCCAGGGAACGGGAAGAAUUCCACGAGGGCAGGAAAACCAGCUGGUGGCAUUAAUUCCAUACAGUGAUCAGAGACUGAGGCCAAGAAGAACAAAACUCUACGUGACUGCUUCUGUAAUUGUAUGUCUCCUACUUUCUGGACUGGCUGUAUUUUUCUUGUUUCCUCGCUCAAUUGAUGUUGAAUACAUUGGUGUGAAGUCAGUUUAUGUCAACUAUGAACAAGGCAGACGUAUAAUAUAUUUAAAUAUUACGAACACACUAAAUAUAACGAACAACAACUAUUAUUCUGUCGAAGUAGCGAACAUCACAGCCCAAGUUCAGUUUUCAAAAACAGUUAUUGGCAAAGCACGACUAAACAACAUCACCAACAUUGGUCCUCUGGAUAUGAAACAGAUCGACUAUAUGGUGCCCACAGUCAUACAAGAUGAAAUGAGCUACAUGUUUGACUUCUGUACUUUAGCAUCAAUCAAAGUACAUAACAUAGUAGUGAUGAUGCAAGUGACAGUGACAACCUCCUACUUCGGCCACUCUGAGCAAAUAUCACAAGAGAGAUACCAGUAUGUGGACUGUGGAGGAAACACAACCUACCAGCUGGGCCAGUCAGAGUAUUUAAAUGUACUUCAGCCUCCGCAGUGAAAGCACCUGUUGGUUAGUGUGGAAUGACUGCUCUUGAUGCUUGCAGAAAUCCUUUAAAUAGGACUGGUACUUUGUAAAGGAGAGAAUAUGUGCAUGUAAGGCAUAGGAAACCUGGAGGCCUGUUCACUUCAAUUGCAAGGAGGGAAAAGGUUCAAAAUGUAUAUAGAUGCACUUGUUAAAUGUUGUGUUUUCCCCUUCUGUUUGCUUUCUGUUACUGUAAACACUUCUGUCAAGUUACCUGGUUGGAGGGAGAGGGGAAUUACAGAUUUCUGAGCCGAAUUGGGACCUUUCUUUACAGUGUGGUAUAUCAGCUUAGAGUAACUGUGUGUAUUUGUCUGUUUAGGUGAAAUGUGUCACUAAUGAGCAUUUUAGAAGAAUUGAUACUCAUAACUUUUAAGUUCGUUUCAGUUCUUGAUAUUUGACUCUUGCAGUAUAACUACUUAAGUAAAAAGGUAACUUUGAGGGACCUGGGUGUGAAGCUAGUAUUGGUAAACCAGUGGCAAUAUUUCCUUGGUUUGGGAUUCUACUUUUCAUUCGCUACACUUGAUCAGAAGUGACAUGCAGUCUGUGAAAGCCAGGAAAGCUCUUGUGGAGGACACUAUACUUGAAUGUGCAACUUCUAGAAUCUGGCAUUUUCUUGUUUGUAUUACCCUGCCAUCUCUGGGAUGUUAUAAGGAGAAUGUAUGUUGCCAGGUUUAAAACAAGGUUAAAAAAAAAAAAAAUCCCCCCGAAAAUCACUGCUGACAAAGGAAAAAUUCAAGACUGGAAAAUGAAGGAGUAAAGGCUUUAACAGUGUCAUUCCAUUCUUUUUUGUUUUUCAAUUAGAUUUUUGAGUACAACUGUUAAAAUCAGAAUUGUGUAGUUAGGAACUAAGCAGAAAGCUGUUUGAGCAUGGGUUUGGGCAGCUUGAUGUAAAUCUUCAGCAUUUUUAUUCUUUUGAUGUAUCUAAGCUACUUGUCAGUGCUAAUACUUUGGAGUAGGUAUAUUUAGCGCACAGACUCAGUAAGCAAUGCAGUAGUUACCCGAAUCUCCGGAGUGCUCGUAGCUCACAUCAGUUGUGUAAGUUAGGAUAAAGCAACUCCUUCUGGAAGAAUAAAUGCUAACUUAGAACAAAGCUAAUAAAAAAUAUUAAUUGCUUUAGUUUGCACAAUGAGAAUUUCUGGGGUUUCUAUCAAACACAGUAAGGAAUUGUAAAUUUCGGGUCCAAAGUUGCUUGACUUGUGAAAACUGACUUUUCUAAGGGCUAGGUGCAAAAUUUUUUAAUUAACUAGAUCAGGAUUGUUUUAAUUCUGAAUUAGAUAAGAUGAAGCUGUAAGAAAGUGCUGUUGAGACAUUGCAUUGUAAUGAAUACUAAAUUUUUGAAAUGUUGUGGUUUUUAUGCUGCCCAUCUCCUGGAAAUAAGCUAUAUAAAAUGAAUUAGCAAUAAACACUAUGGAAAAAGGCUACUGAGUAACUUCUUGCAACUAACGAUCCUUUCUGCUGCAGUAAUUUGGUGAAGUUACAUGUCUGUAUUAUUCUUCAUCAGUGUUCAUUAGGUGGACAUAAAGGAGGAGGUGGGGAAACAUAUCAAUUACGUAAGGCUUUUGUUUUUUUUAAGGGGGAGGAAAACCUGUACAAAAAAAUCUGAAUGCAGUGAGAUCCUGAAUGUCUAUGGAAAAUCUGACUAUUAUAUUGGAACAUAAACUGUCAGUUUCCUAUAAUUUUUGAUAAGAUUGAAAUGUUGAGUUUUGGUUUCGGAGAACUUCUGUACUGGAAUAAUUGAUUCUGAUGAUUUACUUUAGUUAUGUUUUGAAAGUUAUUCUUGUAUCUAGGCAUUUAAAAAUCUUCAUUAUGUCUUUUAAUCACAAGGCAAACAAGUUCACAACUGGCUCUCCUAGUCUUCCUAGACUGUAGAUCAGGUUCAGUCUUGUGUACGAUACAACACAUUCAGAAGCUGCUCUGAUAGUCUGAAAAGAUACAGCUGGUAACUCAAGACCAGACAAGUAGGAAGCUGGCUAGAAGUGGAAAAGUAACAUCUAGUAUUUUAUGUGACCUGGAAGGAUUCGUUUCUGUUGGAGCAUAUGGGAAGAAAUCUGUCUUAAACCAUGUCAUAUUUGAAGUCAACCAGUAAGUGGUAUUUUCUUCUCUAUGCCCAAGUAGUUAAGCCUCGAGUUUGUUGUGUUUAUUUUUUUUCUUGUUUCAUUUUGAAGUAGAAAAAGAGAAGAAAACAGCCCUAGGCAGAUAGAUUUUUUUUUUUUUUGAUAUCAGUUUAAACCAGAAUGUUGUUCAAAGGAGAAAAAGUAAUCUAAAAUAACUGGAAUGGCACAAUGAUGUACUAACUUGGUCACAGUAGGUAGCAGAUGCUCCGUGAAUGAGCAUGUUUUUUAGGGAUUUUAUACUUGUUUCUGUAGGGUUGUGACACAGCUCAGACUGACAUUUGAAAGUUUGGCAGACAUGCUGAGCAAAAUGCAUACUUAAUCUGUGGAUCUCCCACUGCUUAAAAUGCUCUAUGCUGACUACUUUAAAAUUAAAAAAUGGUGAGUGGAAUUAUUCUUUCCAUGGAUAUGGGGGGGGAAAUAUUGUUUGUAAUAACUGUUUAUCACCUGGGAUACCUAAUGGGUGGAAAUUUAAACACUAUUAAUUUGUGGUGGGAUUACUGAGUAACUAAGAGUUCUUACCUGAAAGCAGAAUCUGGUAGUAUUGAUAAUCUUCAAAUUAAGUCAGUUACAAGAGCAUCAAAGGCCUGUUACUUUGUGCUUGCAAUAACACUCAGCAUGUUGUUAACCAAACAUAGUUUUGCAAACAAGCUAUGAAAAAAAUAGGUUCAAAUGAAAGACUUGUUAUAACAUUGUAUUUAUUUCUAUUGAUUUUUUUUUUUUCUAACAGAGGUGAGCCUUACAGUUCAAUGUGGACCAACCAGUACAAAUUCUAAAUUCUUUCCAGAAGUUCAGCCAUUGUCUCUUCUGGUUUGUUUUCAUCUGUGUAAGAUGCUUUCUGGUGGAUUAACUUAUUUAUUUUUCUGAAAUGAUGAAUAUUUCACUUGUAACUUAUCCCUUAAUCUUAGAAUAUGAUCAAAUAUAUAUAUGACAACAUUGUAUUGUUAUAUUUCAAGGGAUUUAUUUCUGGUAUUCUUUUCACUUUAACUCUUUCUUGCAAUUCCUGUAGCAAAACCUAUUGCAGUUUAAAAUAAAACUCUGUUAGUUAUCUGUUGAAACAGUGGUUCAGGUAUUGUAGUGCAAUGGCACAAUCCCCCCCCCCCCC